AUGGCACUUGCCACAGACACGUGUGUUGCAAUGUAUAGUUGUGGCGCUCAGGGUCCCCUGUGGCUGAGUGAAGGACAUCCAACAGUUCAGGAUGGAGUGGUCACUCGAGAUGUCUGUGCUCGUGAUACCAGCUGCUGUAAUGUUAAAGCCCAUCCAAUUAGAGUCAAAGCCUGUCCAGGAGGUUAUUAUGUCUAUGAGUUAGUUAACCCGUCAAUUGGCUGCUAUAACGCAUACUGUGCAGCACCAGGAAUCUUCUACACAUUCGGUUCCACAGCAGGAGACACAAUAAAUCCUGCUGUUGAUGACGGAGGCUCUUCUGUUAUUACACUGCUGAGUCCAUUUCAGUUCUUUGGCCUCACAUACCAGCAGAUUUAUGUUAAUAAUAAUGGACACCUCACAUUCAGCCAGGCUUCUUCUGAGUUUGUUCCCUACUCAUUUCCUGCUUUUGCAAGUCAAGAUUUAAUUGCUGGACUCUGGACUGACCUUGAUAACCGAGUAAGAGGAGUCAUCUCUUAUCAUCAGUACACUAAUGGAACUGUUCUCACUCGCGCCACUCAGGAUAUCAACAAUUAUUUCCCAAAUCUGACCUUCACUGCUUCUUGGGUUUUUGUUGCAACAUGGGAUAAAGUCGCUUACUACAGCUUAACCAACACUGAAACAUCCUUUCAAGUGGUUUUAAUUUCAGGUAGUAACUAUUCAUUUAUUCUGAUGAAUUAUGGGGACAUUGCUGUAACAAGACACCAAGUAGAGGCUGGUUAUGUCACUGUGACCUCCACAAACUACUUUGUGAUUCCUGGAUCAAUCAAUGGGAGCUCCAUCUCAAACCUCAACACCUCCAGUAAUGUCGGGGUUCAAGGCCGAUGGGCCUUCAGGGUGGACAGUGGACCAAGAAGCAACAUCUUGAAAAGAGUUGUUGGACUUCAAGUAAGGUUUUCCUCAUUUGUAGACCUCACACAGAAUGGAAACACUGAUAUCGUUUUACAGCAAGUCAAACAGGAGCUGGUCAGAUACCGUCUGCCAAACAACAUAAUGAUAAAAGUUAGAAAAUUGCAGAAGAUAAAUCUGUAAACAGUGUGUUUUUAAGAAAAAGAAAACAUAAAACAAACUAAACCUUUGCAUUUAGGAUUUAUAUCAAACCUCACUAGAGAUGCAAAAUUUCACAACCCAGUACCCAGAAACACCCAUACACGAGGGCAAAUUUAGUUUAUUCAAUUCACCUAGACCGCAUGUGUUUGGACUGUGG